GUUCCCAACCACGUGGGCGCACCGGGCGCCGCGGGGCAGCGCGGUGGCAUGGCGGGCGGCGGCGCGCAGUGCCUCAGCUUCGCGGGGUGCAACUUCCUACGGCAGCGGCUGGUGCUGUCCACGCUCAGCGGGCGGCCGCUGAAAAUCCGCAAGAUCCGCGCCAAAGAGGAAGACCCCGGUCUCCGCGACUUUGAAGCGUGUUUUAUUCGCCUUAUUGACAAAGUGACGAAUGGCUCUAGGAUUGAGAUAAACCAAACAGGUACUACCUUGUAUUAUCAGCCUGGCCUUCUAUAUGGGGGCUCACUGGAACAUGACUGCAGCCCUAGCCGCAGUAUUGGCUACUACUUGGAAAGUCUACUCUGUUUGGCACCUUUCAUGAAACAUCCACUGAAGAUUGUCCUGAGGGGAGUAACAAAUGAUCAAGUAGAUCCUUCGGUUGAUGUCCUUAAGGCAACAGCUCUACCACUACUGAAAAAAUUUGGGAUUGAUGGUGAAAGUCUGGAAAUCAAGAUCAACCGGAGAGGAAUGCCUCCAAAAGGAGGUGGAGAAAUAUUAUUUGCCUGUCCAGUGAGAAAGGUCUUGCAGCCUAUUCAAUUCACUGACCCAGGCAAAAUCAAGCGCAUCAGAGGAACAGCGUAUUCUGUCAGAGUGUCUCCACAGAUGGCAAACAGAAUGGUGGAAUCUGCAAGGAGUGUCCUGAAUAAAUUCCUCCCAGAUGUUUAUAUCUACACAGACCAUAUGAAAGGGAUCAGCUCUGGAAAAUCUCCGGGUUUUGGCAUAUGCCUUAUUGCAGAAACCAUCAAUGGCACUAUUCUCAGUGCUGAGUUAGCCUCAAACCCUCAGGGCCAGGGAGCAGCUGUGCUUCCUGAGGAACUUGGCCAGAACUGUGCUAAACUGUUGCUUGAGGAGAUAUACAGGGGAGGUUGCGUUGAUUCAACAAACCAGAGCCUUGCUCUGCUGCUCAUGACCCUUGGACAACAGGAUGUUUCCAAAGUCCUGUUAGGACCUCUGUCUCCAUACACAAUUGAGUUUCUGCGACACCUGAGAAGCUUCUUCCAGAUCAUGUUUAAAAUUGAAAUGAAGUCCCCUGAAGAAGAACACAAGGGUGGGGAGAAAGUCUUAAUGACAUGUGUUGGCAUUGGAUUUUCCAACCUUAGUAAAACAAUAAGAUAAGAAACUUUACAAAAUGUGAUAAAAGGUGUCUUCCCCUGUGCUUAUUCUGGCACCAGGAAAACCAGUGCAGAGGUACUCAAUCUUGCUGCAUGUGAACAAUAAAAUUACUUCAGGCUGUUUA